AUGGAACACAGCUCACAUUGGAGAGAAUGUGACAAACGUUGUACAAUGAAUACAAAAAGUGUCACACACCAGGAUGUUCACACUGGGAAGAAGCCAUAUCAUUGUUCUGAAUGUGACAAAGCCUUUAGGAAGAAGUUAGAAUUUAUCAGACACCAGAGGAUUCACACUGGGGAGAAGCCAUAUCAGUGUUCUGAAUGUAGUAAAGCUUUUAUAAAGAAGGCAAAGCUCCUUCUACAUGAGAGGAUUCACACUGGAGAGAAGCCAUAUCGGUGUUCUGAGUGUGGCAAAGCUUUUAUAGAGAAGGCAAAGCUUUUUAGACACCAGAGGAUUCACACUGGAGAGAAGCCAUAUCAGUGUUCAGAAUGUGACACAGCUUUCACAGUGAAGUCAAACCUUACCAGACACCAGCUGAUUCACACUGGUGAGAAACCAUAUCAGUGUUCUGAAUGUGACAAAUCUUUUACACAGAAGUCAAUACUUAUAGCACACCAGAGGAUUCACACUGGAGAGAAGCCAUAUCAGUGUUUAGAAUGUGACAAAGGUUUUGCGCAGAAGUCAGAUCUUAUAGCACACCACAGGGUUCACACCGGAGAGAAACCCUAUCUAUGUUUAGAAUGUAAUAAAGCUUUUACGAAGAAGACAGAUCUUAUCACACACCGGAGGAUUCACACUGGAGAGAAGCCAUAUCGGUGUUCUGAAUGUGAUAAAGCUUUUGCGGUGAAGUCAAACCUUCUCACACACCAGCAGAAAUUUCACUCUGGAGAGAAGCCAUUUUAA